CAUUCUGCAGGAAAAUACAACACCGAGCUCACGAAAGCACCUGCCAAAGAGAUGAGCCGUCUGUUUUAUUUGUCAAUAUUAAGAGAAUCAUUGACAGCUUGUAAAUAAAUCAUAAUAACUGCAUAAUGUUAUGAAUAUUCACGAGAAUAGACUUUGAUUAUGUGUACUACGUUGGAUGUUUUAAGUGUCAUGAACUGAUUACAUUUAUUCGACUGCAUAUCUAUCUUGGUGCCGAGCUCCAUGUAUCAGCUUUUGAUCUUCAGUGCUUCAGAAAGGGACACUUGUUUCACAGAUUGAUUACCAGGAAACCACUUCCUGUGAUUGUUUCAGAACAAUGGAUCAAAGUUUAGUUUCGGUUAUGAAAAGCAUUGGGCAAGCUCUGCGUUUGGACGAUGACAACAAGUAUCAAGAUGCAUACAUCAAGUAUUCCGAGUGUGUUCUGAGCAUUGUCAGCAAUCUUCUCCACAGUGUUAAAGAAGAUGGGGGCAGAGUCGUGGCCUCCAAGGAAGUUCUCCGUCACAUCCAGCUGGGCCAGCAGUGCAUGGACAGACUGGCCUCUCUCAUACAGGCAAUUGUUGCGACCCAGAAGUCCCCUAUUGGUCAGCAGGGGGCACCUGCAGCAGAGAGAAGACCAGCUGACCAGACACUGGACCUCCGGCUGGCCACAAGGAAACAUGGCCCCAGCCCCAUGGUGAUCGCAUACAAACAGAACCAACAGCUGAUGUCUGCCUACAAGGCCAGGCUGGCCCGGAUACAGAAGGGUCAGGCCACCAGUGUGGCCUCCAUGCUGAGUCUGACUGUCCAGAGGAAGAUGGCGGAGAACCUUGCUAUAGCCAAGAUCCAUGAGGAAGCUCUUGCCAAAAAGAUGAACGAGAGACAGAGCCGACUCGAGGAACAAGCUCAAAGGCGAUUUACAGCUCCUACUGGAAUGUCUGAAGAAGAACAGGAACAGAGGCAGAUAUACAAGAAGAUUCUGGAGUAUGAGCAGGAUGCUAAAUGGCUGGUAACUUGGAGACAGAAGCUUCAGAGUAACCCAGAGGAUGAGAUCGUUAUCAACCAGCUGAUACAGGAGAUACUUCGGUGUUCAGAUCAUCCACUGACUCAACUCUUGAAGUCAUACCAGUACAAGAUCUACGAACGACUCUACCCAUUAGUGUCAAGCAAGAUGAUGAAACUGAAGGACAUAACAGUGCCACUGCCUGUGUAUCUUUACCCUGUCGAGGAGUUAUCUGAUGCAGGGAGUAGCAAGGAACAGCCUUCAGAUACAGGUGCUUCUGGGAGUGUAACGGAACAGCCAGGAAGUGUUCAGGAAUACAUUAGUGAUGAUUGCAAUAACUCAAAUAAUGGUGAGAAUUUAGAAAGCGAUUCAAUAGAUUCUAGUCAAGAGCGUUUGGAUGAGGAUGUGAACGACAGACAAGAUGUUAUGGCUAAGGAUGAUACAGAUAUUAGCCAUUUGGAAAAUAAUAAUACAGUGCCACAAAGUAAAGUGAAAUCUAGUCAUGAAAAUGCAGAUGAUUUCAGUUGUGAUGAUGAAACUGAAGUAACCCGAAUCCUGUCGGAAGCAGACUCAGUGAUUGGGGAUGAUGCGAGUUCUGGCGGAAAUGAGGAAAGUUAUGUGAAAGAAAUGGACGAAAUCUGUGAAAAUUCUAAAGAAGAUAUCGAAAAUGCUAUUACAAAAGGGAAACAGUUAGAAAAACAGCUGACAAUUGAAAAUGAAAAAGCUAAAACUUUCCUUCAGAGGGUUUCCGAAUAUGAAAAAUAUAAUGAGGAAAACAUGGACGAUUUGUUUGACAAUGAACUGGAUGAUGAUGUAAUUGAAGAUGAUCCACUAGAGACAAACGUUUCCCACGAUCCACAAAGAGCACCACAGUCAUCGGUCCAAAACAAUGGCCACUCCGAAAGCACUGACAAUCGGCCCUCAAAAGGUAUUCCAAAAUCUUUAUCUAUGGACUCUGGUUCAAGUGUAUCAACUCCAGACAGCUUACUCAAGCCAUCACGAUCAGUAGACUCAUUAUCCAGCUCUGAAAUGACUAAAUUGGCAGAGGAGGCGUAUCAGAGACAUCUGAGCGGUAUUUCCCAGGAUGUGCACUGCUUCAUGGAGAAGCUACUGGUCAUGUUUACCAUUGCGUACGAGCACCUGGACUCACCCACGGGCAGGGAUCAGUGCUAUGCUUCUUUGGAGGAGCCCUUCUUCAAACCCAUAUGGAAAUACCUACUUGCUCUCUUCAGGUUAGCAAACAAACCCCGAGAAAUCCAGCUGGCAUACAGAAUGACUUCACAGAAGGGUUCAGAACCUAAAGACUUUGGUGUGUCUAAGAAGCUGUGGCUGGUGUCCUCUGAUGGCGAGAACAGGAUUCCAUACAAUCAGGCAGUGAUGGAGCUGCAGAAGGUGAAGGAGUACUACACCAUGCUCAGCAAGCUGGAGUGUGUGGUGCGCGUGUGUCGGGAGGUGUGUACGUGUGUGGAGCAGCACUACAGUUCCGGGGAAGCAGACCCCAGCAGGAAGACGCCACCUAGCGUUGGUGCUGACGACCUGCUCCCGAUCUUGAGCUACGUCGUAGUGAGGUCCAAGAUGCCACAGCUGGUCAGUGAGUGUCAGGCCAUGUCCGAGUUCAUUCAUGAGGGGUACAUCAUGGGGGAGGAGGGGUACUGUCUGACUUCCCUCCAGACUGCCGUCAGCUAUGUCACGUCGACCAAUGCUGCCGGUGUGUAAUCCAACACCAAGACAGAUUCCAGCUGAACUCGUUUACCUGCUGCAUUGUGAUACACCUGGACAUUUUGUCGACUACAUUAAAGUAUUCCUGUUAGAAACAUGUAGGAGAGGGUCAUAGCAAUUGUUGUUUCUAAUAUAUAUAAGUAUUUGUAAUUUAAAGGUUUGUGCUGCAGCCAUUAACUUAUGAUGAUGUCCUCCACUUAUUCUUUUAAGGUUUUUUUUCCUUCCAGCAAGUACUAAAACUACAAAAAUUUAAGUCCAGGAUUGACUUUGAAUAUGCACAGGGAGUUGUUUUUUUAGCUAAUACCUUUUAAUGGU